UUUGUUGCUAAUUAUAUCUGUCUUCAUUCUCAAGUCCCAACAAACCCCUUUUAACUUUCCCUCCUUUCUUGUAUACAAUUAGUUGGGAGGGUGAACACUCAAUUGUCGCACUUGUUUUUCUCUAUAUACUACCGUAAUUAUUAUUACAUUGUCAUGUCUUUUUUUCCCUUCUUUUCUUCUUAUUUUAAUUAAUAUAUUAUUAUUGUUGUUGUUCUCUUUAUAUACUACCAUAAUUAUUGCACUAUCAUAUCUUUUUUGUCCUUCUUUUCUUCUUAUUUCAACUAAUAUAUUAGUAUUAGUAUUAUUUUCAGAGACAGAAUCAUGGUUAGCAACAACGUUAAUAAGAAGCAAUUUUCAGUGGUUUUUGUGAAGUUUGCUGUAUGUUUUCUGUUGAUGGGUCUUGCUUAUCGGCUGUUCUACUCCAGCUUCAUGCAAUUUCCCCCUGUUGAGGUUUCUGACAAGGGCUUUGUACCUGAAAAGACAUUGCAGCCACCACUGGAAUCGGUUAAUCGUACUGUGGAUGUGACGGAGCGAAGUCCACAAAAUGGAAAAUGUGAUUUAUAUAUUGGAGAUUGGGUACCAGAUCCGACUGGUCCAUUUUACACUAAUAACACUUGCUAUUCCAUUGAAGCUCACCAAAAUUGUAUGAGAAAUGGAAGGCUCGAUACUGGCUAUCUUUACUGGAGAUGGAAACCAAGAAAUUGUGAGCUACCUAAGUUCAAUCCCAAGAGGUUUCUUGAUAUGAUGCGACACAAAUCAGUAGCCUUCAUUGGCGAUUCAAUUAUGCGCAAUCAUGUGCAGUCAUUGCUCUGCAUUCUCUCUCAGGAGGAAAAAAGUGAAGAGGUUUACCAUGACCAGCAAUACAAAAGCAGAAGAUGGUAUUUUCCAACUCAUGACUUAAAUCUUUCAGUGGUCUGGUCACCUUUCCUUGUAAAAGCCGAUAUUUUUGAAGACAAUAAUGGAGUUUCAACGGAUAUAGUCCAGCUCCAUCUUGACGAACUCGAUGUUUGGACUCGACAAUUUGACAAUUUUGAUUAUGUAGUUAUUGCUGGAGGGAAAUGGUACUUGAAAACUGCAGUUUACUGUGAGAAUAAUACGAUAGUCGGUUGCCACAACUGCGCUGGUAAGAACAUAACUGAGGUGGGAUUUGAAUAUGCUUAUCGCAAAGCACUGAACUCAACUCUGAAAUACAUCACAAGAUCGAAACACAAGGCGUAUGCUCUCUUUAGGACCACUACACCGGAUCACUUCGAGAAUGGUGAAUGGAACACUGGAGGUUAUUGUAAUAGAACAGGACCUUUCAAAGAAGGUGAUAUCGACAUUAGAGACAUCGAUGAGAUAAUGCGUAAAAUUGAGUUGGAUGAAUUUGAGAGAGCAUUAAGAAUAAGUUCAGAAGUUGGGAUGACAGUAAAAUUGUUCGACACUACCUUCCUCUCGUUGCUUCGGCCAGAUGGUCACCCAGGAGCAUACAGGCAAUUCCAGCCAUUUGCUGAAGGAAAUAGACGCACGGAAGUUCAAAAUGAUUGUCUACAUUGGUGCUUGCCUGGUCCAAUAGACUCUUGGAAUGAUUUAAUGAUGGAAACUUUGGUCAGCAGUUAAGAUGGGACAUUCAUCAUUUUCUUACCUCAGAAAAUUGUCCCCUGCAACAUUUUUACAUAUAAUCAUCUGGAAGAAAAGCACAAGAUAAAAUAUGAGAUGGUCCAUAAUCAGUUUUGUUCCACAUAAAAUAUCGAUGCCCCCUACCUGGCGCGAGUUACCUUGGUAUCCUUUUGGUCCGGACAGCACGGUUGUAUACAUAUAUAUAUAUAUAUAUAUAUAUAUAUAUAUUGACGAGGCCCUAUAGGUGCACAUAAAUUAGAGUCUGCUCAAUAAAUCAACUCUCUUCAUGUACAACAUAGAUUUUUGAUAUAAAUUGUAGGGUUCAUGAAAUACGAAAAUAUAAGGGAUAAUACUCACAAAAAUAUCUGAACUUUGAUCGAAUUUUCAGUUGAGCAUACUGAACUUUGCGGGGGUCCUAUUACCUCCCUAGAUUUUUUAAAGUGGAUUUAAUUUUCUCCCGAAACUCUAUAGUGCGUGUAUUACACGUGCCAAUGGUGUUUUUACACGUGUAUUACACGCGCCAACCUCAUAUUUAUAGUGUCCAAGUGGGCAGAUAUAUGACAUUAAAAUACGAAAAAAAAGUUUAGGGGUAAUAGGAUCCCGACAAAGUUCAGUAUGCUCAAUUGAAAAUUCGGUCAAAGUUCAGGUAUUUUCGUGAAUAUUAUCCCAAAAUAUAAUAUAGGUGAUCAUUUAUCAUAUUCUAUUUUCUUUCAGUUUUCAAGCAUUUCGGCCCGUUGGUAUGUUAGAACUCAUUUCUCAAAGGACGAAAAUACAAGGGAACAACAGAACUACAGGCAGUUAUUGCAACUCUGUCAUGUAAACAGUACUUUUAUCGGUUUUCUAUCUAUAGUUUGUGUAUAGUUUC